UGCGAACGCUCUGGCAAAGUUAAAAACAGACUUUGUUUAUCUUGCAAGCCCUUUGCUGAAAUCCAAUUCGACCAGCAAAAUCGUCGAAUUCGUAAUUUGUAAUCUCCCCAGCUCCUGGGAUUGAGGAAAGUUCUGACAAUAUCUUCUAUGCUCUUAAGGAAUUAAAAGGAUUAUACGGGUCUAUAUAUAUUUUUUAAAAACCCACACCUUUUUAACAGUUUUCGAAGGGAACCUACUGCAACUGACAGCAGCCUGACGUGAGGAGGGGUUUAUUCAAUUGAACUGAGCACUUGAAGAGAGCCAUGGCUAACGAAGUUGACGUGUGGUCAACGGCUGCUCCGGCGGACGGAGGAAACCUAGGAGAUGUCAACGGCCCUUAUAGUGAUGAUGAAGAUGGUCUGGAUGAGGCAGAGGUCAAUGGUAACUGGACGCCCCAGGAGAAAGCCCUCCACGAGGCUCGUCUCAAAGCCAAAGCCAAACGCCGCCUGCGCAGGUCCUCGUCGCGCAACUCCGCCAGCGAGUCCUCCGAGUCUAAAGACUUGGCGGGGGCAGACCCACACAGUCCGAAGGGCAAGGUCGUCACCAACGACCGCAAAUCCAGAAUGGGCAAAGGCAGAGGCCUCCCGAAAAAAGGUGGGGCUGGUGGAAAGGGAGUUUGGGGGGCUGCUGGAAUGGUGUAUGAAGAUGAAGAACCAGAUGUGAAGGACCCCAACUACGAUGAGUCUGCUCAGGGUGACACUGUUUAUGAGACAGUCAUGCCAGAAGUGGAAGAGCGGGAAAUGGAGAAAAUGGUCAACCCAAUUGUACAGGAGUACUUUGAACAUGGAGACACCAAAGAGGUCCAGAUGUUACUGAAGGAGCUCAACCUGGGCCCCCAUAAAUAUGAGGUGUCCUCCUUGGCUGUGUCCUUGUCCCUGGAAGGAAAAGCCAGUCACAGAGAGCUGACCUCGCUCCUGCUGUCGGAUCUGUCGGGCAAAAUGUUGUCACAGGGCGACAUGUCUCGCGCUUUCGACAAGAUGCUAAAAGAUCUUCCAGAUCUCAUCCUGGACACGCCGGAGGCUCCUCAGAUGUUGGGCCAGUUUAUAGCCAGAGCCAUAGCGGACCACGUCCUCCCAAUGGACUUCCUGGACUGUCAUAAAGGCAAAGUGGACUGCGAGCACGCCAGAGUGGCUUUGGACCGUGCUGCAGUGCUGCUGUCCAUGAAGAGGGAGAUGGUUCGUCUGGAUAAUGUGUGGGGUGUCGGUGGAGGCCUGAGACCCGUCAAACAUCUUGUCAAAGAGAUGAACCUUCUGCUCAAAGAGUACCUGAUAUCAGGAGAUGUGGCCGAGGCCGAGCACUGCCUGCGAGACCUGGAAGUCCCCCACUUCCACCACGAGCUGGUCUAUGAGGCUGUAGUGAUGGUGCUGGAGUCAAACGGAGACACUGCCGGUCACAUGAUGAUGAAGCUCCUUCAGUCCCUCUGGAAAACCGGUCUCAUCACUGUGGAUCAGAUGAACAGGGGUUUCGAGCGCGUCUACAACGAACUUCCUGAAAUAUGUCUGGAUGUUCCACACGCCCACUCCAUUAUGGAAAACUUUGUGGAUCUCUGCUACCAGGAGUCUGUAAUUACCAAACAGCUGAGGGACACCUGUCCUUCCAGAGGGCGGAAGCGUUUCGUAAGUGAAGGAGAUGGUGGGAUGAUCAAGAACUAAUUUCCAAGAGGACAAGCAACAAGCGAGGGAUAAUGAGGAAGGGGGUGAUCACCGUUUCUUGCACCCCGUGUUAUGCCUCCCGAUGCUUCCCCAAACCGGGGGAUGUUCCUGUCUUGAGAAUAUCAAAACACAAACCAGCAUUUCCGUUCAGAGUUACCUGAAGAGUGGCCUGGGCGUUCAUCUAGUUAAUCGGUUUUGACCAUUUUUUUUUUUUUUGAAGAAUAUUCGUCGGGGUUGACGUGACCUUUUUGCCUCAGUCCUCAUACUUGUUAAGAAUAAUUUAAGUUAGAACGGUUUGGGGACAGGUGAACAGGCUGGCUUUGUGUUUUCUUUUUCUUGUUUUUUUUUUUUUUUGGUCACUCUCUUUGUUCUGGCCUUUUGCCAUUUUGCUUUUUCAUACUGUGCGCUUUGAAUGGGGGGGGGGGAACACUUACAGAACAGGGCAUACUGUACCGCCAGCAAGCACUUGGCAAUUUAGUGGAACAGCAAAGAUCUGAACCCUUUAUAGCUUUCUACCACAAAAGAUUUGAAGUCACUUCAGACAUCUCUGUAUGUAAAUUCUUAUUCGAGCGGCUGACUUUAUGACGGAGCAUUUUAUUGUCUUUUUCUUUGCAUCCCGGUCAUAAACGUUUUCUUUGUAAAACAGUUGUGAUUCAGAGGCAGUUUCUCAAAAGAACAAAUUGUGAUGAAUAAUUGUGUGAUAAUUGACUUUGCUGGUAGUUGAACUAGUGUAGCUAAACCCCAAGGUAAGUGAAUUCUGAGCAGGUUAUUGAAAUAAAAGCAGACAUGGAGAGCAAAGUUGCCUUCAUAUUUCAGUUGUGAUUGAUUUUCAUGUCUGAUCAAUCUCAUUUAAAGUUUCAUACCUUGGAAAACAGUUUGUUAAUAAGACAUUUCUACCCCUGUCAAACUGUUUUACAUGUUGUCCAAAGGUUGUACUAAAAAUUUUUUCUCAUUGUCUUUCAUUCAAUAAAAAGGCAACAAACUGA